GGGUACCCUACAACACUAUAAAGAGAGAGACUUACUGGCUUACAAUUAACAAUUAAUUUGUGCACCACCCUCUUUUCAAAGCAUCUCAUGCUAUCGUCUUAUGUAGAGAGACAGAGAGAGGAGAGAGAAAGAGAAGGAGAAAGAGGAACAGAGAGAGUUGGGGAACGGGAGGGCAAGUCACACUACAGGGCUAUAGAAAAGACCGAAGUCUGUUGUUUUAUUGCCCAGUCUCUUUUACCUUCUCAAUCCAUUGGUCUGAGAGAGAGCGAGAUCCACCAAUCCAAAUCCUUGAGAGAGAAAUCCAAAUCCUCGAGAGAGAGAGAAAGAUCUUCUUCUAGCUUGUCAUCUCAUCCCAUUGUUAGAGAGAGAUCGAUCUUCUUCUUGUCAUACCAUUGUAUGAGAGAGAGAUAUCCCCCUAUUCAAAUUGAAAUUGAGAGAGAGGGAGAGAGAGGGGCUAUCAAUCCAUUGUGGAUGGGCAAUGAAAAACAGAGACCACCCCAAUAGCCCCAAGCAGGAAGAAGAAGAAGAAGAAGAAGAAGAAGAUGAAGAAGACGGCAAGGCGAGAUGUGAGUGGGACUUCACCCUCUCCGCACUCAUCUCGCCCUCUCAUCUGGCUGACUACUCUGACACGAUUGCUGCUAUCGAAUUCGACCACUCCCACUGCUUCAUUGCCACCGCCGGGAAAGCCCGAAAGAUAAGAAUCUACUCUCUCAGCACUCUCUGUGGAACCCAAGAAAACCACCACCAACAAAACCAAGGCCAGCAGCUCAGGACUAGGCAUUGGGACCAUAAUUCAGCUGGUGACUUCUAUCUAUGCACACCAGCCAAGCUUUCCAGCCUGAAGUGGAGACAAGACACAAGUCCCUCACGUGUUGGCUGCGGCGACUACGACGGUGUCGUCACAGAGUACGAUCUCGAGCAACGAGUGCCAGUAGGUGAGCGUGAUGACCAUGGCGGUCGCCGGGUGUGGAGCAUGGAUUACUCAUCCCACACUCCAGCCCUCGGGGCCUCCGGGGGUGAUGAUGGGGCUGCUCACUUAUGGGACACAAGGUUGGGUACUUCCAAUCCACCAGUGGCUUCACUGCGUCCCGGCAUUGGCAUUGGCACCGGCACCGGCACCGGCACCGGUACGGGAAUUGUGACUUAUGCUCCGGUAUGCUCAAUCGAGUUUAGUCCUGCAUGUCAUCCUCUCAUUGCCAUUGGCUCUGCGGACAAAAACGUCUACUUAUAUGAUGUUCGGGCCCUUGGCGCAGGCCCGCUGGCAAUCCUGAAAGGCCAUGCACGCGCAGUUAGUUAUGUGCGCUUUCUCGGAGAAGGCUCAGUGGUUUCUGCGGGAGUGGAUGGGUGCCUGAAGCUGUGGGACAUUAGUGAGCUCCGGGUUGUGCGCACUUUCGAGGGGCACUCCAACACAAAGAACUUCGUGGGGUUGUCAGUGUGGAGGACUGGAGGGCUCCUAGGGUGCGGCUCUGAGAGCAACGAAGUGUACGUCUACGAUCGAAGGUGGGGAGAGCCAGUAUGGGUCCAGGGGCUCAGGCCGGAUGGGGGUGAGUGGGUUCCACCUCAUCAACCUAGCGGGUGCGAAACGGCUUGUGGUCAUGAACCUAGUGGUUGCCAAAGGGCUCGUGGACAUGAGCCUAGUGGGUGCCAAAGGGCUCGUGGGGCCAGGUUUGUGAGUAGUGUUUGUUGGAGGCAGACUAGGGAUGAGGAGUAUUGCACCCUUGUUGUGGGGGCCUCCUAUGGAGUCUUGCAAGUGUUCACGGGAAACAAGAGGUUGGCAUGAUUUCCAUUAUUUUUGUAAACUUAGAAGAAAUUCUUUGGAGCUUUGUUCCAAAUCCAUUUCUUUUUUUCAUUCAAGCAAAACGACAUUCACAUGA